AUGUGCUCCUCCAUUAACCGGACCGAUUUCAGUGGAAGACGUUGGCUCUGGAGCAUCGCUGCUUUCCUCUCCUUCAUACACAAAGUUGGGCAACCUUGUUUCUCUGAAAGAGGGUUUACUGCUCUUAGUGGAGGAGUUUCCAAACUGCAUGAGGAAACAUUGCCUAUAUUCAAGAAGAGACUCUUAGGUGCCUUGCUGGAGUUUUCUGCUCAAGAAUUGCAGGUUCAGCACGGUGAUGCAGCUGCCCAAUAUGGCAUGGUGAGAGAUUAUGGGCUGACACUACUGAAGAGCAAUCCAGGAUCCACUGUCACAGUUGGGGUUAUACCUCAGCCCAACCCUGAUGAUGAUCCAAUUUUCGAGAAGAUGUAUGUUUGUUUGGAGGGAUGUAAAAAAGGAUUUCUGGUUGGUUGCAGACCCCUCAUAGGCUUGGAUGGGGCUUUUCUGAAGACCCGGCAUGGUGGUCAGAUAUUGUCUGCAAUUGGCCAAGACGCAAACAAUCAUAUAUAUGUUAUUGCCUAUGCAAUUGUCCCUAUUGAGAACAUUGAAAACUGGAGAUGGUUCUUGGAAUUACUCCAUCAAGAUCUGGGAAAUUAUAAGAAGAACAAGCUCUGUUUUAUCUCAGAUAUGCAGAAGUUAAGGAGGUUUUUCCAGAUGUGCAUCACAGAUUUUGUGUUUGGCAUCUGUGGAAGAACUUCAACAAGCAAUGGAAGGAUCUCCAGCUUAGAGGGCUACUCUGGGAUUGUGCAAGGUGUACUAGCCAAGAUGGCUUCCUUGAUAUCAUCAAAAAGAUUGAAAGGGAUCAAAGAUGCUAGAGCUAAGCCUAUUAUCACACUCUUGGAAGAAGUCAGAAUGUAUGCAAUGAGAUCGAUAGCUAGGAAUAAGGUGAAGCUGAAUUCGAACACUCGAGUUCUACAUCUAUACAACGCAGCAGAUUAUGAGAAGUUCGAAGUACAUGGCUGGCCGACCAACAUGGUUGUAGACUUGGGAAAGAGGCUCUACACAUGUGGGAUGCCAUGUGUGCAUGCGUGUGCUGCACUGGCAAGGGCUGGUAAGAGACCAGAGGACUACUGUCACCAGUGGUUGACUAUGGAAGCAUAUAACAACACAUAUGCCUUCCAUAUCAAUCCAAUUCCAGGUCAAGCACUAUGGAAAAAGUCACCAUAUAACAGACCACAAGCACCAAAAUCUAGAAACAAGCCCGGACCACUCAAGAAAAAAAGAAGAAAAGAUGCUGAUGAGGAGCCAAGUGGGAGUAAGAAGUUAAAGACGAAGAUGAAAAGAAUAUAUAAAAAAGGUCGAUGUCGUUGUUGUGGCAAAGCAGAACACACGAGAAGGAACUGUCCAAAGAAGGCUGCUGUCGAAGAGGCUGCUGCUGUUACAGAGGCUGCCGCUGCACAACCCACUGCUGCUAAUGGUGGUGAAGGUCAGGCCAACUCUGCUGCCCCUGUCCCAGAAGCCGCAACCGAAAUCAAUCUUGACCAAAGUCAACCACCCUCAGAAGCAACUGAUGACUCUUAA